UCUCUCUAGCUCACAAUUUGAAUCAAAAAAUAAAUAAAAAAAGAUUUCGUUUUUCUGCAGUAGGCCGGAAAAGGGAUCGAGAGGGGGAGAGCCUCAUUCAUUUCUAUUCCAAUAUUAACAAAAACUAAACCUUUCAUAUUUCAUAGUAAUAUAUUAUAAUAUUCAAUAAAGAAACCAAGAUCAGAGGGGGUUUACUUCUUCCUUCUCUCGUUUUGGGCUUUGCCUUUCAGGGCACCAGAAUUCGAUGGAAGGCUGACAAGAAAUCUUGUGUUUGUGGGGGGAGUCUAUGGAAUAUCUCUAUUGGUUAAGCAGAACAGAAUAGCAUUAGCCAUGUUUUCGCCUCCCCUACCUCGCCACCACAUUUCCCACUCUAACAAGCGGCAAAUUAUUGUUGAUGAUGGCCCUCCACUACGCUUAUAUCAAGUUUGGAAAGGAAGAAAUAAAUUUAUCUUUGGUGGCAGAUUCAUAUUUGGUCCAGAUGUCAGGUCUCUUUUCCUCACGUUGUCCCUAAUCCUUGCUCCAGUAAUCUUGUUCUGGGUGUUUGUUGCCAAAGGCCUUAUUAAUGCAUUUCCCCAUGGACCGGGCCUUCUUGUCGUAGUUCUCUCUGUUAUAUUCACUGCAUAUAUCAUCAUUCUUUUGCUUCUCACGUCUGGAGGAGAUCCUGGUAUUAUUCCCAGAAAUCCUCACCCUCCUGAGAUUGAAGACUGUGAUAUCUCAAGCUUAUCAACAGAUUGGGCUGGCAGUCAGAGUAGUGCUACUGGUUUACCGCUGACGAAAAAUGUAACAAUAAAUGGGAUAGUUGUGAAGGUUAAAUAUUGCCAGACAUGCAUGUUGUACCGGCCACCAAGAUGCUCCCAUUGCUCAAUAUGUAACAACUGCGUUGAGCGUUUCGAUCACCAUUGCCCAUGGGUAGGGCAAUGCAUUGGAAAGAGGAAUUACAGGUACUUUUUCAUGUUUGUGUCCUCCACAACCCUGCUAUGCGUGUAUGUUCUAGUUUUAUGCUUGCUAAACGUCAAGAGUGUAAUGGACAAGAACAACUGUAGUGUCUGGAGGGCUGUCGAAAAAUCACCUAUUUCAGGAAUUCUCAUCAUAUAUACUUUCGUGGUCUGUUGGUUCGUCGGAGGCCUCACCACAUUUCACCUGUACUUGAUCUCGACAAACCAGACGACGUAUGAGAAUUUCCGAUAUCAAUAUGAUCGCAAGAUGAAUCCUUAUAACCUUGGAUUCGUUCGUAAUUUCAAGGAAGUAUUCUGCGCUAAGAUCCCCAGUUCCCGGAAUAACUUCCGGGCAAUUGCUAAAAUUGAUUCAUAUGCUAGCAUUGAUGUGUCAUCGUACUUGGGCCAAACGAUAAGUAGUGAGAUGCCAAACAGGGCCUUUGAUACGGAGACAGGUGGGAAACGUCAAACUGUUGACGCUGAUGAGUUUGAGGAUAUAAGGAGCCAAGUCGGGAGUUUUGGUGGGUUGGAGAGAUGCGGCACCCAAAGACACGAUUGGGAUCAGAGAAGCAAUUGGGACAUAAUGCCCUGUGAUAUUGGAAAUGAACCAUGCGUAAAGCAUAGGGAGAAGAUCAAUGUUGAACACUGAGCUUCUCUCUAUUGUUUCACGUGACUUUCUUGGAGCUAAUUGAGCAGGAUUUCUGCUAAGUUAAACAUUUACACAAACACAAAGCAACGGGGCUUCGACUUCUAAAGCAAAAGCAUCUGUUUGUGUACUAAUACCCCACAACGAGUUGAUUUUGGUGUUGUAGCAGAUAAAUGCAAAAGUAGUUACUGUUGUUUUGCUAACUCGUAGUGAUUGGUGAGGUCGUGAAUUACUCAUAAAUAGUUUGAGAAUAGAUGAGACUCAUUAAUUCUAAUCUAAGACUUCUUUUUCAUAUG